AUGAAGAAAAUUCGAGUUGCUGUCAUUGGUGCUGGAGCUGCAGGCUUAGCUGCACUCAGGCAACUAUCCAAAUAUGAUGUCUUUCAACCAGUAGCGUAUGAAAUCGAGCGACAAGUUGGAGGGACGUGGAUCUAUAAGGAUUUAGCCGACGAUUUCGAUCCAACCAACAUUAAUUUAUUGGCUGGUCAAUCUACCACAUCAUCACCACCACCACCCCAUUGCCAUUCCAGCAUGUAUCAAGGAUUAUAUACAAAUAUUCCAAAAGAAAUCAUGGCGUUUCCUGACUUGCCUUUUCCUCAACAACUACCAUCUUAUCCUCACCACACUGAUGUACUAGCUUACUUACGCAAUUAUGCUCAUCAAUUUAAGUUAUUGCAAUAUAUCCAAUUUGGAACAAUGGUCAAUAGUUUAUCCCGCCAACAAAUUGAAGAUAAAAGCUCUUGGACGUUAACCUAUACUGAUUUAGACUCCAAAGAGACAACAACAACACAAUUCGAUGCUGUCAUCGUGUGCAAUGGGCAUUAUUGUAAAACAAGCUAUCCUGACAUCCCUGAUCUGGAUCAAUUUCCAGGAGCCGUUACUCACAGUCAUUACUAUCGAGAACCAUCCAUCUACAAGGACAAAGUCGUAGUCCUCAUGGGUCCUGGCCCAUCUGGUACAGAUAUCGCAAUAGAACUGAUCGAUACAGCUAAAGAAAUUUAUUUAUCUUGUCAUAAGCAACCGGCUGCUAAUCUACCCAGUAAAAUUGUCGUCAAAAAUACAAUCACCAAAUUACAUUCCAAUGGAUUUGUCCAAUUUGAAAAGGAUCCACAAUUGGUCAAAGCUGAUUGUGUCAUCUUUUGCACAGGUUAUGGCUAUGAAUUUCCUUUUUUAACUCCUAGUUGUAAUGUGACAUUAGAAAAUCAACAGCGUAGAAUUCGCCCCUUAUUUAUGCAUAUAUUUCAUAUUGAUCAUCCUACGUUAUCAUUUGUUGGUAUCUGCGCUAAGAUAGUCCCAUUUGGACAGUUUUAUCUGCAAGCAUCUGUUGUUACAUCGGUCUUGCUUAACCAAACUCCUUUGCCAUCCAUCGAUGAGAUGGAACGUGAUGAGGAAAAUGACUACCAAGACCGACUUGCUACCGGGCUUCAACCUAGGCAUGCCCAUUUCUUGGGUGUCAGACAGUGGGCUUACAAUGAUCGAUUAGCUACUUUCAUUAAUGUCAAAAAUCCAAUGUCCAAAGCUAUUGAAAAAACGUAUAAAUAUGCUAUGGGCUGGCGUCAAAAUAAUAUUCUAGAAUAUCGUCACCAGAACUAUCGAAUAAUUGAUGAAGAUACAUUUGAACAUGUUAAUGCAUGCAAGAAUAGCAAUCAAACGUCUACCAACUAG